GACGUAAAUAUGGUGACCAACGAUGUCGACAAUCAAGUGUCGCAGGCGUAUGAUGAUCUCCAUUCCGUCUUCAAGCAGAGCGAAGUCGAUCUUCUACAAGAGGCGCGGACACACAUGUCCUGGCUAGAUCAGUUCAAGCUGCCCCAGAACUUAGCUCUGCCCUGUGGAGUGAAGGAGGAGCAUCUGGAAAGGUCCGUGGCAAUUGAACGCGACACUGCACCGCUCAUUGACAUUACAAAUGCGCAGAUCGAGCCGUAUACCGCGUUAACUAAGAAACCUGCAAAUGAGAGUUCUGGGGAGCCCGGUCGCACGAUCAAUCCUGUGAGCGGAAAUGGGACGGUGCGUGCAGGGGCAGCGAGUACGGUACUUGCCGGGCAAAACCUAAAAGACUCGCAAUCCCAUCCACACACCCCACCGGCUGGUAGCACCAAGGCAGCUGCAGCGCCCGGGGCGAAGCCCGUAAGGUUAGCUAGCGAUAUAGAUAUCCACACACCGGCGAAACGAGAUGUGGGAACUGAAGGGACGGAAAAGAGGGCCACGCCCACCCCGAAGCAUACGAGAGAGAGGGCUGAGAAGUGCGCGAAGCGCAUGACUCCUCGAAGAUUCGGUGCGAGUCCCUGUGCCCCGAAUCACCGCACACCCGGCACUGGGUCCAGGGCGAAGCGGUCACGAGCACUCACGCCGCAGAAAGCUAGGGGUCGGGGUGCAGGUGCAGGGCAUACCGGUACGACACUCAGUAGGUAUUCUGUGCCGAAUAUGGGCAGUCCUGCCAGUGCUGCGACGAGUGGCGGGUUGAUGCGAGGCCCGGCUACUGGACACUCGAAGGGUCUAUCGACGUCAAAGCAGAACGAAAACAUAAAGGACUCUGAUAAGCAAUCGGAAGGCACUCCAAGGGAUGUUAGAAUCGCAAUCGAGAUCGAGCCAGCUCCACCCUAUGGCGGCGCGAUAGGGGCAGGCGUGGACCAAGAAUUAACGGAGUCGUUGAAUUCUGCACACCUAACGGAAACCCAGAAGGUAGAUUGGCACAUCAAAGGGGCGAUGGCAAGCGACAUGAUUGCUGUAGAACGAAACGUGUCCAAUGUUGGAAUGAUCGAGCAUUCAUCACUGGAUAACUCAGCACUUAACACGUCCGCACUUGACACGUCCGGGAUAGUUCUACCGCGCGCAUCGGCACUAGACAUGUCUGGCAUAUUGGUUUUUGCCGAGGCCCCACAUGUGACGAGUGUGGCAAGUACAGCCCCAGCACACCAGACACCUGUCCGAUCGCAAUCGGAUUUCACAAAAGCUGGCGCGAAGCACAUCCAUGCAGUGCAACACAUGGUCACGGACGAUACCUUCGCGCAGACGGCAAGCAAUGUCGCAAAUGAGUCAUUGGUGGGCGUGAUAGAACCGGCGUCGAUAGAGAAAUCCACGGAUCAAGUCGCAGGUAUGGGUGCAAAAGAGGACCACAAUGCCACUGUGGCCUCUUUGGACAAAUGCCCCACGUCCAGCCAUGCAGAGAUCCUGAAAGCUGACACAGAUGGACCUAACACCACAAGUGCGGCAAGCGACACAAUCGCCCACCCCAGGCGGCAGUCCAGCCGAAGCAUUGUGAGGCUGCGGUCUCUGUCUGAUUCUAAAGGUUCAGAAAAUAGCGAUCAGUACGACACUCAAGUGCCAACGAAGCCUGUGUACCUACAACCCACGCUUGGGUGUUCGUCAGUGCUCGAUGGUCCGAGCCCGUUGCUACCGCACACAACCACAACACCUGCAAUAGAACUGCGGAAACCAAUGAAUGGCGCUGAAGGGACUGUCAGCGUCGUCCAGAGUCUCAGAGGUGGAGUAGGAAGUGUACUGCAGAUGACACAGACACACGUUCCCAGGGGGAGCACAACAGGAGAUCUCUCCACCCAGUCUCGGGGGAGUGAGAGGAUAGCAUCAAGCUCAGCCAUGGGCAACCACUGUACGUGUACAGGUACUGCGUUGGAAAAAGGCUCACACGGCGCGGACAAGAGCGAUAAACCGAGUCCUCCACCAAUUCACCACCCCUGUGGCAGCAAUGUUAUAGUACAGCUUGGUGCGGUCUUACCUGUAUCUCCGCACAGUAAAAUGGAUGAUGUUGAGUCUAUAGCGCGUACAGCCGGGGAGGCUCCGGACGUUGACUGGCUUGGGGAGAAUUAUAAAAGGUCUACACGUACCUCAGAUGCAGACACGUCCCGCAAUAGCGAGGGCACUGCGACGAAGUCUGGGGGUACGAAACAAGAUAGGACUGACACACAUGCAGCUGCACACGAGAAGAAUGCAGAACAGCAGCACGGAGACAAGCAACAUAUCCCACACACAAGGUCUAACAAUGACCAACACACCCCAGCGUUUUUUGAUGACAAUGGACCACCGCAACAUAAAGGUGGUGAGGCAUUCGGGACACCAAUUGAAGCACCUGCACCACACCAUCUGGCUGAAAGCACGCGUAUUGCCCACUUCACCGACGACAACGGUUAUCGCGUAGGGGAGAGUGUACGCAUGGACAAUCCAAAGCGUCGAGUAGCCCACCCCGUGCCUGUCAGUGAGAAAAUCUGGGGGGAGAAACCUCAACCAGUACGCUCUGGCUCACUUGUAAGAAAUGAAGCGGUACAGAAAGAGGUAGGCACGAACCCUCCCGCAAGUAUCGUGCGCGUUGAGAAUGCUCAAUCUGAGAAUAGCGGUGCGAUAGAGAGGUUAGAUAAAGAAACUGCAGAUCCUGAGAAAACCCAAUACGCCUCAUCGCCCACGAUCGCACAAGGAAAACGAGCCACUCAAGGGUUGCCAAGCAACGGAGGACGACUGUCCGAAGCAGAGCAGCACAUACUUGAUGUGAGCGAGGCUGGCAGCAUGGCAGACAUCACCGUGCGCCUGAGGAAUCCACUACACAACGCAAACGUGCACCCAGCGAGUGAGGGCGUCGCUGCAUCUCCGGGAGCGACUGAGAGUGUGGCACAGCACGAAUACAGCUUCAUCCGAACGGUUGGCGGGCGCCAGGGUCAUGAAAUGACCCAGUCCAAUGUGAGCAGCGAGUCGAGUGCACUCACCGCAACAAUCAACGCCACCUUUCUCGGCACACCUAUGGUGCAGAAGACCGUGGCAUCCACACCGCAAGCCAGCCUCAACGGGUCAGAGAUAGACAGCAAUCGUCCACACUCAAGGGGCGGGGGCACCUCGGCCAUGUCGGAGGAAUCCCCGCUGACUAUAGUAGCCGGCUCGAUGACUUUGGGGAACUCGCGCAUGAGUAUACGUAUGUGUAUGGGUGGGUAUAGUAGGAGGUCCAGCCAUGCGUACCGCCAUCGCCAAACCAGUGGCGUUCAGGAUGCUUCGUUUGUAAGUCGAGGUGGGUCGGGAUCGAACUUCAACACGAGUGCGAACUCGUUCGCCACACCCUCGGCGGUGCCACGCCCACGGCUUAGCGUAGGUAAAGACGGCGUACUUGUCCAAUUCAAAGAGCCCGGGGCACAUGUUGGGGCCUACAAAGCGCCUGCUGCGACGCGAACAGUGCGAAGUGGCGAGGUGGAUCUGGAUCAACGCACAAUGCAGGCACACAGCGCAGCUACAACAAUCGAGUCGCAAACUCAUUUGGCACAGCUAUUCCGGCCCUCGGCUAGAGGGCUACGGACAGCGGGAAACGGUGCCUCAGAAACAGCUGAGCCCGACAGUCCGCGAGUGGUAGAGAUUGAUGCGACUGAGAUGGACCAACCACAUGGUACUAAACAGGCAACGGAUAAAGCGUCUGCUCGAAGCGCAGUCAGUACUAUGAAUACAGACAGCGACAGUAGAUCAAAGGUAGAUAUCGCUGAGCCACGUGGAGAGAGGCGGCGGAGUGCUGCCGAUACAUGUUUCGGGUGGCGCGAGACCGCUGUCAAAGUGCGGCCCACCACGCGCAUCAAUACUCAACUGAGGCAGGAGACUCUAACCUACGACACUGAGGAUGGUGCGAACAGUGGCGCGCGUGUGUAUAAGGGGACUACGGCACGUGAGGAGGAAACAAUUGUUAGGAAACACCGAGCAGAAACAACAUACACACAUCACAGAGACAGAGAGAGUGGACUCGGUCCCAUGCCGAUGAGGCGUGAGAGCGGUGUGGGUCCCUUACUGACAGAGGCGGAUGACACGUUUGCGGACGCUCGACGGCAAAGAGAUCCGCCAGUUGCGGAGUCGGUAGAAGGUGUCGAAGUUUCAAAGAGCAUACAGGUAGAAGAAAGCACAGACGGAAACGAAGAAAAACGUCCCGACAAGAUAGUCACUACCUCCAUACCAGCAACGGAGCAACAGCCCGGCAUAGUCAAAAAGGAAGAGCGACAGGUAGCAAUACAAAUUUCACAGUCUCAGAGCGCCGCUGAUGACAUGGACACGCCAAAGGAUACAGUACACGAGAUGCCACACAAUGCACCAGAACCACAGGCGGAUAUUAAUCCGAAAGCGGGAGUCAAGAGCGAACACGUGGUGGCACAGAGAAGCACUAGCAGCAGUGCUAUUGAUUUGUCUGAAUCCAACUUUAUAACGCCAUCGCAGACGCCUUUACAGACGCCCGCGGCUAAGCCUGCUGUCCUGCCACAUGCCACCCAAGGUGCUCCCAAGCCUCAAACCCCUGUGGACGAACAUCAGUAUCCCCCACCACCAGCACAAGCGACCACAACGAAAGAUAAGGUUGACGCAGGUACCGUGCCGGUGCUUAAAGAGGGUAUUAUGCCCCAGGCGUCGGUAGUGGACAAACAGAAACCGAUGGCCCUAAAAAGUGUCAGGCAGGUGCAAGGUAAUGCGUCCCGCUUCACCCGUCCUCCCCACAAAGACUCUGUAGCGCCAGGGCCUUCUGCAUUGCCAAAAAAGAAAAGGGGCUACGAUGAGCGUAAGAGGCGUCAGGAAGAGAACAUUGCUCGUAUCCAAGCCGAGAAACUUCGGAAGCAACAAGAGAAGGAGGAGAAGGAAAGGCAGCGGAUGGCCGAGCACCUUGCGCACGUAGAGAACGAGCGACAACGCAAGAUAAAGGACAAGGAGGAACGAGAGAGGCAUCGCAAAGCGCGUCUCAAGGGAAUGAAAGAGGAAACGCAUGAUCGCAAACGCAAGAUUUUAGUCCAAUCCACACAUCCACCUGCCGAGGUUGCGGGUGCCAAGAAGCCGAAGCUGGGAACACACACCAAUAGACCAACACAGCCACCCUCCAUCUCCCAGAAGGCCUCAGUACCUACCUCUGGCCACUCUCGAUCGCUGCUGAAGGCGCCUGUGCCCGUGGGGCCCAUCACCGUCACAGCCACAUCCACCACGACGAACAUAACCACAACCACAAACACGGUCACCACAACGACGAUGCCAAUCUCCACAGCGGCGCGGGCGGAAGUGCAGACAGCAGCACGGGCGAAGGACAACGCUCAAAUACCUCCGAUGGAGCCAGCAACAUGGCCACAUGACACUGACACGGCCCUGCAUCCCGGUACCAAAACUGGGCGAGAGGGAGAUAUGUUAGAGCGAGCAGAUGCGCCUAAGAGUGCUGUGGGCCACGGGAGGUCAGACACACUCCAUGGAAUGGACGACGGAGGUGCUGCAGAUCUCUCCAGUAAGAGGAAGACUACGGAGGAUAGCCGCGAGAGAGGCACGAGAGCCCCGGGCAAGGCAGCAGUGACGAGAGAGACGGGUGUAUCAGAGGCGGAGUCUGUGCCGCACAGGACCCUUCUGCAGACUAAGCAGCGGGAAACCGGCGACCAACCCACCGACAUACUAGCACACACACACACGGAGGAGCGCCUGCAACAAGACCACCCGCUGCAGUCUCCCGCGCGCCACGCACAGCACGCGGCGAGUGCGGAUGCCCGUGCAGCGAAGGCGCCUGGUGGGGCGGAGGUAACGCAUACCAUGACGACGGCCAAUAGCGUACAUACGGCUACACACAUAGGCAGCAGGCCCGUAGGAACAACCGGGCAAGUAUUGUCUGAUGCGAAUGGCUUGGAGGACGUACAGUCUGAGGUGCAAGCGUACUCAGGCGAGAACGACAUGGACUCUGAGCGUCUGGGGUUGGUGACCGAGCACUUCGAGGAGACGCAACGGAAGAUCGUGCACAGAGGCAGUGUGCCGGGUACUCCAGUGGUUGAGCCGUUGCGAGGUGCACUCAACUUCAGCACCACAAAACCAGCCCCUAAGGGUAGCAAGUCAGUAACCGCACCCAUCCAAGCGACACCCAUGGCCAGCGCGAGCAGCGCCAACACUUCCACUACUGAGGACCAUAGCGCUCUGGUGAGGGAUGACAUAACCCACUCAUCACAGACCCUGACACACGACGAUGAAUUUGCCGAACAAAGCGAACGUCUCGACGCGGAACAGAAGGAAAUCGAAGCGGCGCGUGCUCGUGUGGCGAAUGGAAAGAAACUUUCAGCCGCGAGGUUCUCCGCAGUCCGUCGGGCCACCAACGAAAGGCCGAUAAUCAAACAACGCGAACCACUCCAAAACCGACCUAUGGGUAUCGAGACCAAUGCGAUCGUGUCCGCGGCUGCCAAAUUGAAAGAGUCGAAAGAAGCGGAAAGCAAACGCCAACAAGAGAAGGAAGAGCAACGUAUUAGAAAGUUACAGAUUGAUAAUGAACUAGCCAGACUACAUAGAGAGCGGCGAGAACUGGCUGCCAAAGCGGCGAGCAUUGCAACUCCACAGACCGAAUCAUCGCGAUACAAAGAGCCUGCGGACCAGCAGUUUGCAACUCCCACGCGCAUAUCACCGGUGCGAACUCUCCGCGCUGAUGAAGGUCCUCUCGGCAGCGUACAUCACGCGCACGCAUCGCAUCAUGAUAACCGGGCAUCAUACACUCUCCCGAACCCUUCGAAGAGCGCCACAGGGCAGGUCUUCCGCAUGGGACUGAAUAGAGCAGCCCCUCCUGCCCCUCCCAGCGCCAAGAGCCAAAGCAGCAGCAGACACGCGAUGUUCUCCACCCCAGCAGCACCCACCAACACCCACCAGCCCGUUGUGCCUGCCACACAUCACGUGUUCAAGACACCCACGCCGGUGAUCAAACGCAACACGUCGAAGCGGAAGAAGGUGGUGCACAAGGACAACUACAACAUCGAUGAUCUGCGCAGCGACGGCACGACGGACGACGACGAAAGCCCGAAGAAGAAGAUUCCGGACUGGGCACAGGGUUCGAGUUUGCGAGCGGCGCUGGUAGACCAGUACUUAACCAAUUCCAACCCAGCCGCCAUAUUCGACCACGUGGCGACUCCCAAAUUGGAUCAGAUCUUCUCAUCACCAGGGACUGUGAAGAAAGCAAAAUGGAACAAUCGAACUAGUUCGGCGAUGUGGAAGUACGAUUCGCCUUCGGGAGGCUUGACCAAAAAGUAGGCGAGUAGGUGAACGACCAUGCACGGCAGUAUACCGCGUUCUCAGCACAUGCACCGAUUGCUAUCUCGUCGGGUAGAUGCGCAUGCAGGCCAAGUAUAUACGUGUAGCCCUGGAGGGAUUACGCCAAUACUAAGCAGCGAGCUAUUCAAU